CCGGAGGGAGUGAUGGUUGGGUACCGGCCCCUGGUCCUGCCCUGGGUGCUGCUGGCCCUCUGCCUCACUGCCGGGACCCCCGAGGUGUGGGUGCAAGUUCACAUGGAAGCCACCAAGCUCCAAUCCUUCACUGUCCGCUGUGGGUUCCUGGGGUCUGGCUCCAUCUCCCUAGUGACUGUGAGCUGGGGGGGGCCCGAUCGUGCCGGUGGGACCAGGCUGGCUGUGCUGCACCCAGAACUCGGCACCCAGCAGUGGGCCCCUGCCCACCAGGCCCACUGGGAAACCAGAAGCAGCGUCUCCCUCAGCGUGGAAGGGUUGGAGGCGAGAAGCCCCAGUGCCAACACCACCUUCUGCUGCAAGUUUGCUUCCUUCCCCGAGGGCUCCCAGGAGGCCUGUGGGGCAUUCCCGCCCAGCUCAGACCAAGGCCCAACUUCAGCCCCCAUCCUGCGGGCAGACCUGGCUGGGAUCUUGGGGGUCUCAGGGAUCCUCCUCUUUGGCUGCAUCUACCUCUUACACCUCCUGCACCGACAGAGGCACUGGCCUGUCACUAAGUUCCAGCCGCCCCUCACCAGCCCCCAGGCACAGCUCCCAGCACAGGCAGCCAGCCAGGCCUCCCUGGCCGCUCACCGCAUCCCCUACACCUCCCUCAACACCAGCCUCUGCCCAGCAGCUCUGGAUAUGGCCCACCCCCACCAGCGACUGUCCUGGUGGGCGCCGCUCCCCACCCACACCGCGUGCCAGCCCCAGGCCCCUGGCCCCUGGGCCUCCCCUGCACGCAGCAGCUUCAUCUCUGUCGAGAACGGACUCUAUGCCCAGGCGGGAGAGAGGCCUCCCCACACGGGCCCCAACUGUACCCCUUUCCCUGACUCUCCGGGGCCCAGGGCCAUGCAGGGGUGCUUAGAAGUUCGAUGAGAGAGACCCCCAAGUCCACUUGGCCUUCCUCGCCUUCCCCCUCCCCCCGAGGGCCCUCUUCUCUUGGGCGCCUGCACCCCGGGCUCUGCCCUCUUCACACGUCUUGCUUUACUCCUAGGCCUCCAGUAAGUGUCUCUGCUCACACCCUGCUGGGGCCCACUGGCUGCGGAUGUGGUCAGCGUGUGUGCAUGUGUGGGUAUGUGUGCGCACAGGUGUGAGUGUGUGAGGUGACAGGUCCCCACUGCAGGUCAUUUCCUGUUGUGACACUUCCCCAACCCUCCCUG